AUGAUAAGUCCUAGGAGCCUAGUUCAGCAGGCAAAGAAGUGGCAGCAGAUGGCAGCCCUCAGGAAGCGGAGGCCAGCGACGAUGGGGCCGAUCCACGACGCCAACCUGCGGGGCGCAUCGGCCAUCGCAGACAAGGGCCACUGCGUUGUCUACACCACCGGUGGAGAGCGGUUCGAGGUCCCGCUGGCGUACCUCAGUACAACGGUGUUCGGGGAACUCCUGAGGAUGUCGGAGGACGAGUUCGGGUUCACGAGUGAAGACAGGAUCACGGUACCUUGCAACGCGGCGGUGAUGGCGUAUGUGAUAUGCUUGCUUAAAAGAAAGCCUUCAGAGGAGGUGGAGAGAGCCGUCCUUAGCUCUGUGGUAAUGCCACGCAGCAACCAGAGUGGCAUCGCCAUGGUUUGCACGGGUCUUGGCCAGUCAAUGGCUAUAUUUUAG